UAAAUAACGCGAAGUGAGCUACCCGAAACACACGCAGACGACAACAUGCUAUCGUGAUCGUUGAGAGAUAUCAGUGUAUCGCCUUUGUCAUUGAACCGUUGAACAAUCAGUACUCCUCUCCUCGAAUCGUCUACUCCGAAAUGGAUCUAAUAAUGAACAGUUUCUUGACACUCAUCAUUAUUAAUGUGUGUCUUCUAUUUGGAAUUGGUCAAGCUGACUUGGUCCACCGGAGAAGACCUCGUGCAAUAUGGCAGUUUUCAUCGAUGAUCGAGUGCGCCACCGGUCGGCCAGCAUUGCAUUAUAAUAACUAUGGGUGCUGGUGCGGAUUAGGAGGAGGAGGAGAACCUGUUGAUGAGGUGGAUAAGUGCUGUCGCUCCCACGAUGAGUGUUACGAUUAUCUCACUGAAGAGGGUACAUGUUCUAUCCUCUCUCUCUACUUAACUUCAUACCUCUAUGAAAGAAGACACUGCCAGGAGAUGGAGGAGCCUAGUAUAUCAUGCGGGGAAGGAUCUCCAUGCCGAACUGGGUUGUGCGACUGCGACCGAGAGGCGGCGCUCUGCUUAGCUCAUGCAAAGUACAACGAUCAUCGUCAUAACUACGACAAAGACUUAUGCAUCCCAUGAUCAACACAAGCAAGUAAACCCUUGGAAAUGGGCGAUAAAACGCGGCUGCCGGUCUGAUUUUCGAUUGAACAAUGCAGAUUUGGGAUGGAAAUCAUCAAAUGGGAGAACAUGCCGUCGAUUCUAAAUUGAAGAUCAUAAAAUUGUCUUAAUGCUUACUCUUGAAAUUGUUCACUAAGGCUUAUAUCCCACGAAAGCAAUUUACCACCUCACUAAAAGCCCUUUCCUACAUUAAAAUUAUGUAAUGUUGUACACAAGAGGUGGUUACCCCUUCAUAAUUAUUAUUAUCUUCAUACGUGAGCAGUACAAAACGGUGGAUUUGGAUGAUGGGGCAUCACCCCCCCCCCCCCCCAAAAAAAACAAAACAAAACAAAACAUAUACGUAGAAAUGAUGAACUUCCCAAGGAACUCACUCCAACUAAAUCUUUCUUAAAUAUCUUAUUUUUUUCUUCUUCGAUGGCUUCAAAAGGGAUGGGGCGUCUACCGGCUCUUUCCGAGUUGCAUUCGCUACUGUGAUUGACUAAUAGCCCACAGUUACACCAUGAGACCCGGCGCCAGACCGACAUCAGACAGAACAAAAAAUUACAUUACUCCGAAUGACCAAGAAUCGAUCGUUUAUGUGUCGGUCUCAAGUCGGCCCUGCGGUGUGUCUUGGUCAUGUGGUAAAACGAUUUUUACUUUUACCGCUUUAAUAAUAAUAAUAAUAUUCCGCUUUUGUAUAGCGCCCAAUACAUCCACCCAACGAUGUGCCUGAGCGCCUCACAGAUAUAUUAUUACCCCGGUCAUCGGAUUCAGGCUUACCCGCACACAAUGUAUCCACAUUCUCCACUCUCUGGGGAGCAUUGCGGCAAGUCACCAUUUUACAAGCUUUACCUAUUAGGGUCCUGCAUUUAUUGCCUACUAUUUUAUCGAGUAACAAUAGAUCCAAAAUUACUGGAAAACACUUCAAUUUUGCAUUCCAAAGUGAUGGUCGAUAUAAUUAUAGGGCCUACUGAUCUUAAUCAUUUUAACGUUUCACGGAUAAUGUACAUUCUAUAAAGUUUAGUCGUCAAGGCUUGUAUAUUCAUAAUUCUUCCGGUUUAGGCUAAUACCUUAUUUUGUCGGCGAAACGAGGAGAUGGGAAAGAGAGAACCAAUUUUAGAGAAUAAUCACAAAAAUUAGGAAGGACUCCCCCCCCCCCC